ACUAGGAAACUUUCCUAUCAGCUGUCAAUCAAGUAUCUAUUUUGGGUGGGGUUAUCCGUUUUUUUCCUGAUAUUUCGCCUUUAUUUUCCAUGCAAAUAACUGCCGAUCUAAAUUCGAUCUCGAGCCCCAAGUCGACGGGAUUCGAAACGGAAAAAAUGCUGUUGCUUUUCAACAGAACGCUCCUAUCGAGAGAAACGUCAGAUUUAAGGUUAGAAAUUUAGGUGACAGUUUCUUGAAGAUCUACCUCCUAGUGCUGCCCAAGUGUUUUUGCUGUUCAACGCUCGAAAACCGAUGUUAAUAUUGUGCUACUGAGUUUUUCCGAAUCUCGAUCAGUUUCCCAACCAGUCUGGCUGGAGAACUAUGUGAAAGUGGGGACGUUUCACUGCCAGAUUAUCCUGUGAAAGUGAUGGUGUAAUUUUCAUUGGACGCCAUUUUGAUUUGCAGCGAAUAUUUUAUAAUGACUCCCCAUUAGCCGCCCAAUUGAAACGAGAAUGGCGCCGGUGCCCCGGCCAGGCAGCCUGCGAGAUCCGGACAUAGCCGAGCUGUUCUUCAAGCAUGAUCCCGAGAAGAUCUUCGAAGAUCUUCGCGAGAUCGGCCAUGGCAGCUUCGGAGCCGUGUACUAUGCCAGAUGCCUCAUUUCCAAGGAAAUUGUCGCCAUCAAGAAGAUGUCCUUCAAUGGCAAACAAAGCCUGGAAAAGUGGCAGGAUAUCCUCAAGGAAAUCAGGUUUCUCAAGCAGCUGAAGCACCCCAACACGAUUGAGUACAAAGGCUGCUACCUCAAAGACAACACUGCCUGGCUCGUAAUGGAGUAUUGCCUGGGAAGCGCUUCCGAUAUCAUUGAGGUUCACAAGAGACCGUUGAGGGAGGAUGAAAUAUCGGCGAUAUGCGACGGUGUUCUCAGAGGCUUGAGUUAUCUGCAUGAAUUUGGGCGAAUUCAUAGGGACGUGAAGGCAGGCAAUAUACUGUUAACGGAAAACGGGACAGUAAAACUGGCGGACUUUGGCAGCGCUUCCAUUAAAUGCCCCGCCAAUUCGUUUGUGGGCACCCCAUACUGGAUGGCACCGGAGGUGAUUCUGGCUAUGGACGAAGGUCAGUACGAUGGUAAGGUGGACGUCUGGUCUUUGGGCAUCACUUGCAUCGAAUUGGCUGAGCGCAAACCGCCCUACUUUAACAUGAACGCCAUGUCAGCGCUCUACCAUAUCGCGCAAAACGAUUCGCCCACCUUGUCCGCUAACGAGUGGACCGAUGUCUUCAAACAUUUCGUCGAAGCGUGCUUGCAGAAAUCGCCCCAUCUUCGGCCGAGCUCGCAACAGUUGCUCUCUCACAUCUUUGUGACCAGACAAAGAUCGCCCAACGUGCUGAUCGACUUGAUUCAGCGCACCAAAGCGGCAGUGCGCGAUCUCGACAACUUGAACUACCGGAAAAUGAAGAAAAUCCUGAUGGUGGACAAUUGCGAGACCGAGAGCAACAUCGAUUCGCUGCCCGAUGUGGAUGAUGCGCCUGAAGAACCGACUGGCGGCGACAGUUCGAAGAGCAACUCGGUCACUUCCGAACAUUCGGUUCAUUCAGUGGGCGUGUCCGCCAGUAGCCAAUCCAGCAGCACGAACAGCUUGCCUGCAGCUGUUUUUACAGGUGGUGAGGAUGGCACGACACGAAGACAACGGCCGAUUCACCAUGCGGCCGCUAUGGCUUUGAGCGAGCAUGCGAGCGGCAACAAUUUCGCCACUAUUCGCACCACAAGCAUAGUCACCAAGCAGCAGAAGGAGCACAUGCAGGAGGAAAUGCACGAGCAAAUGUCCGGCUACAAGAGAAUGCGGCGCGAGCAUCAAAGCGCGUUGAUGAAACUGGAGGACAAGUGCCGGAUGGAGAUGGAAAGCCACAAGAACCAACUGGACAAAGAGUACGAGGCUCUUUUGGCGAACUUCAGCAAAGAACUAGAGAAGCUGCAAACGCGACAUCAGCAGGAGCUCGAACGCAAGACCAAGCAGAGCGCGGCUUUGGAGAAGAAACUCAUAAAGGAAAUCACCAGCAGGCAGGACAGCGAUCGAAAAGCGUUCGAGGCCCAUAGGAAAAAAGAAUACAAAGCUAACAAGGAACGGUGGAAACGGGAACUUUCGCAGGACGAUUCCACGCCCAAGCGGCAACGAGACGCUACAUUGCAGACUCAGAAGGAUAAUCUAAAGCAGGUAGACGCCCAGGAGGAGCAGCGAUUAAUCAGGGGACAACGGGAAGAACUAGACCUAGAAUUAAGGAAGUUUAGAAGAAAACGACUGAUGGGCUACCACCAGUUAGAGCAAAAGCUGCUGCGACACGAGCUUUAUAAGCGCCAACAGCAGCUGGAACAGGCGCACUCAAUGCUGUUGCGACACCACGAAAAAACCCAAGAACUGGAGUAUCGGCAACAGAAAGCCGUGCACGCACUGCGCGAAGAACAGGUGAAGAACCAGCACGACACUGAGCUGGCCAAUCAGGCCGAGUACAUGAAGCGCACUGAGCGCGAGAUGCGCAAGAAGCACGCCCUCGAACUGAAGCAACAGCCGAAGUCGCUGAAGCAGAAGGAAAUGAUGGUGCGCAAACAGUUCCGGGAGACCUGCAAGGUCCAGACCAGACAGUACAAGGCGCUGAAGGCGCAAAUUCUGCUCAGCACACCGAAGGAACAGCAGAAAACCGUCAUCAAGAAACUGAAAGAGGAACAGAGAAGAAAAUUGGCGCUCCUCGGCGACCAAUACGAGCAAAGCAUCGCCGAAAUGCUUCAAAAACAGUGCAUCAAGUUGGACGAAAGCCAAGAGCUCCAAUGCCAGCAAAUGAAGGAGCGGCUGCAGUACGAGCUGGAGAUCCUGAUAGCAUAUCAAAGCAAGAACAAAAUGCAGGCUCAGGCGCAACGGGAGCGCGAGAAGAACGAGCUGCAGGAUCGCGUCGAUAUCCGGAAGAAACUGCUAGAGAAGAAGAUGCUGGAUGAGAACCGGAGGUUCAUUGAGGAACGAGGGGAGCGCAUCAGGUACCUUCACGAGAAGCAGGAGAAGGAACUGGAGGACUUUGAUGAGGAAUCUGUCAGGCAGGGCUUCAGUGCAUUGGCCAUUGCCGAAAUGUCUCUGGCUUUAGGCGACAUGUCCCGAGACGAUUUCGACGGAGAAUGCAGUCUAUCCGGUUCAAUGCUUAGUUUGGCGCAUUCGAAUAGUUCUACCAGUUUUCCCCCGAAUUCCGUUUAGUAGUAAGCUUUACAAUUUUGCUUUCCCCUGCCUUUAGGUAAUUCGAAGCGGAGAACUGGCCUUACUUCCAUCCGGGCUUCUUUGUUGCCUCCACCGGUUUCGGCAGUGUUCACAGCUCUCCUAAGCUUUUAAACAAUGUGGAAGCGAAGCACACUGCCAUUUCCGACUGGGGCAUCUGCAGAACGUUUAACGACUUAAUGGGUGAUUGUACAAAAUUAGUAAAAAGUUGAUCAACUGAUUAGUAACUUUGUAUACAGCUUGAUGGUUGAGAGAUGCAAGUGUAUCAAAGGUGCGAACACUAUUAAGCGAGUGUUUCGCGCUUGUGGUACCCACGGUAUAGGAGGACAAUGUCUGCGAUAGCAUCCCUGUGUACAUAGAUGAAAUUAGUUUAAACUACUACUACUCUCAUCAAACGUAACGUAAUUGUAAAUGUUUUAACAGUGAAACUGCUCUUGAUUGGCCCCCAGUGGAACUGUGGGAUGUUCGGGCAAUUUCACUGUUAGGACAGUAUUAUUUACCAUGUAAAGUAGAUCCUUAAUUACAACUUAUCUAUAUUUAUAGUUUCUCACAGAAAUGUUUGGUCGUAAAUAGUGGUUUAAUCUUUGAUUUUCCGGCAACCCUCAAAUGUUUUACCAGUUAAUUGGCGUAGCUGUCUUUUUUUAUGCAGUUUGUGAGGACGUCUUUGGGUGGCGCUUGGAGUGCGAUUCCAUUCCACGUGCCACUCAAAAACUGAAGCGUUUGCGCGCCAUGAGGUGGCAUUUUAUAUCGUACUAGUUAAUACGUUCUAAAUUAAGUUACUCAAAUAGUAAAGUAACUAAAAAAAGACUAACUAUACCAAAAAAAAACACGUUGGUAUAUACGCUUAAUAUUAAUCAAAUAUGAAAUCUCCUUAACAAGCUUCUCAAGUAUGACAAAAAACCAAUUACUACGUAAAAAUACGCUUCUUUUUAUAACAGUUUUAUUGUCCGAUUCGACUAAAUCGAAUCAAAAAAUCAAACCAAAUCGGGUUUUAAUUGAUUGUUUCCAAGCAUAUCGCAACCAAAUCAGCCAAGAGAUUUUAGCGGCCCACAUUUAGCGAAUAAGUUUUAAAAAUUGGAAAAUCUAUUUUCCGUUCGCAAUUCUUUUUACUUUAAUAUGUUUUGUAGAUAUUGUUGAUUUUGUCUGUUUUAGCGGCAGCAAAUGUGUACAUAUGCGUUUUGUUCCUCUUAUACAGAGUGUUGAUGUGAGACUGGAAUGUGCAAUUCGGUCCGAUGUACGACUUUUCAAUCAGCUUGAAUUGAAUGUUUGAUGAAUUUUUAGGUAAAUGCUCAAAAUUUGGUCGAUAUGUAGAGGGAACCUUUGCUGUAAAUGGUGUUCAACGUUUUAGAAAAUCUUCCGUUAGUUUAGUUCUUUGUUAGCAGUAUUGUUAGCUGGAUGUUGGAAAUAAUUAAGGGCUUUUUACCGGUUUAAAAAAACAUUCCCCAAAAAUGCAAUCUGCUUGAUUUCCGAGGAAAAUCCGUUAAAAAUACUGGAAUAAUACUGACUAUUGCAGGUUUUUUCUAAUUUAAUUUAGCCGAGAGAGGAAUAGUGCGGUUUUACUUCGCUUGCAAUCUGUCCUUUUUUUGUUAAAAAUCUAACAAAAUUUAUUGAUUUAGUGUAAUAACGAAUAAAAUACUUAUGACAUUAUAUUAUUGAAGAUUUAGUCAAUAAACUGUACAUAAUUUGUUAAAAAAGCUA